UUUCAGUUCCCCGCACAUCGUCUCCGCUGGAUGAGCAUGUAGAUGAGGGAGCAAACGUCUGGGCAGACCAUAUCUCCCCUUCAGUUUCGCCUCCCCUUCCACCUGCGUCAGCACCUCCACCUGCGCCAGCGCCUGCUCCUGCUCCUGUCACCGAAUUCGACCCACUUGCCAAUCGCCCAGCAGCAUCCAAAGUAGCGAAAACCACUUCCCGUCCUCGGGGUUCAUCGGUCUCCUCCGCGCAGGUGAUGGCACAGCGACAACCGAGCCGGAAGCCAAGCUCGACCUUCCAGCCUCGUGAGCGGGAGAUCAUUGGUACUACAUACACUUGGAGUAGUCCGAACAGUGAAUUCAACCAAAGCAAGGCAAGCCUGGCAAUACAUUCGGAGGACCCGUUCGCAGAUUCGGGCCCGCGCGCUCCGGGCUACCAUCUCUACCCCCCUCAACAGCCGGCUGACCUUGCAUCGCCCAUUGUUCACGAUCAUUUUGACCCUCGAUCACCACGAGAUGAAAGCAUGAUAGCUCCUGCUGAACCAGUGGCGGUACCACUACCUGCCCUGCAUGAAGUCAUGCUUUCCCACUCCGUUCGGCAAGUCUCUUCAGGCUACACCUCGAGCGACGGGGCUAGUACUGGGUACAUCCCGAGCAGAGACAUACCCAUAGAAACGAACGAGCGUCUCCCCUUGAUCAUUCGCCAAGGUCGCCCGUCUACGCCUCCCAUCGUGACCACGUUUUCGCAGCCCAGCCCAGAGAUAGAAUCUUAUCAUCCACAUGCCUUCGGUGUCAGCCACCCCACUCCACAGCGAGCCCAGCCUGCUCGUCUCGAUGGCAAUGGCUCCGCACAUACUUAUUCGUAUGGGUCAGUGUCCAGACCGUAUGCUGGCCGUGGAUGGAUAGAGCAGGCGCUACCUCACGGUGCCAAAUACUUUGUGAAUCCGCGUGUUCAGGCUACGACCGAUAUUGAUCUUCGCAACUUGGCUAAGUUGGAAGCGGUUAUGUCGGUUGUGGAAAUGGCCGGUAGUGCCCCUGAAGGAUGUGAAAUGUGGGUCAGAGAAGGUCCCGCUGUGAAGAGAGGUUGGAGGAGACAGAAGGUGACUGGAGGGCCGGUUAUCAGUUGGAUAGACCAUCGAAUCCGCAGAGUCUCGAGUGAUAUCCCUAGUGUUGAUGGAAUUAUCUUCUCUGGGGAAGAUGACAGACUUGAUGACGAAUACAGAUACUGGUCAUUUGUGGAGACUCACCCCGCGCAUAUUUCAUUGCCGCCAAGUGCUCGGCAGGAAGCUCUGGACGCUCUUCAUUGGUCUUACACAGACCCAUUGUUGGCACAUCCUCAGCCAAUCCCUCCUCCCUUCACCCAGGAGGAGUGUCACAAGUUGUUAGGCCAUCUUAAUGACCCCAACCUGCGGUCAACUACAACACAUACGCGGAUGAUCGCCCGUAUCUUGCUUCGCGUCGCUCACUGGCGUCAAAUGCACUUCCGACCACACAAGCCUCUUCCCCACGAUGUCCCUGUCAUGCGACGCCCCAUACGACGCGUUCCUGUAGGUCGCAUGAUUGUCGAUAUCAUUACUGGUAUUCUCUGCCUCGGUAUUCCAUUCUUCCUCGUUGACCGGUCAAACUAUGGUGGCCACAUUGACUUGGAGGGCAACGUCGUGUCUAAUUCUGGUGGUCCUUUGUUCCUGGCUGGUGCUUGUGCAUGUCUAGUUGCCGCUGUCAUCCUCAGUGCUUCUGUGACACUCAUGACAUUACCUGGUCUGAGUGGUAUCGCACGCAUGUCAGGUCUCGUCGCCAUCAUGUGCUCAGUAUUGAGUAUGAUCACCUCGUUCAUUUCCAUCAUACGUCAGAAGACGGAAUUAGCGCACGGAACGCCCACAUCGGGCUCCGAAGGAUUUGUACUUCUCUCUCGCCGAAGUGUCCUCCUAUCUCUCCCACUUGUAUUCCUAGCCUACUCUGUCGCAGGCUUCAUCACUGGCGUUGUUAUCUACUCAUUCAACGGAAUAGCGAAAGGCUCUCUACCACAGGUACAUUGAUGACUGCAGUCAUAGUUAGCGCUCGGGAUCUUAGCUGGUGUUGCCAGAUCCAGUGCUUAUGGCUUCUUUCAAUGUCUA